GACAUGGGGACGUUGAAGAUCACAUCUGAGGUCCUGCAGGAGCUGCUGCAUUAUUACAACCUGUCCCGUCAGGAGUUCAUCCACACCUACAACAUCGGGCCCCUGGUGUACAUCCCCGAGCUGCCGGCCGGAGCCAAGGCCAUGUUCGUGAUCGUGUACACGCUGAUCUUCAUGCUGGCGCUGGUGGGAAACAGUUUGGUGGUGUGUGUGGUGGUGAGAAAGGGCUCGAGUCAAAGCGCCACCAGCAUCUUCAUCUGCUCUCUGGCCAUCAGUGACCUUCUCAUCACCUUCUUCUGCAUCCCCUUCACUCUCCUGCAGAACAUCUCAGCCCAGUGGCUCGGAGGUGUGUUGGUGUGUAAGACAGUUCCAUUUGUCCAGACCACAGCGAUCGUGACAGGGAUUCUCACCAUGACGUGUAUCGCAGUGGAGAGAUACCAGGGCAUCAUCCAUCCAUUCAAAAUGAAGAGGCAGUACACGCCGCAGCGAGCCUACAGGAUACUGGGCUUGGUGUGGCUGAUCUCAGUCAUGGUGGGAUCGCCCAUGCUGUUCGUCCAGAAGUUAGAGGUGAAAUACGACUUCUUGUAUGAGAAUCAUCACGUGUGCUGUCAGGAGCUGUGGAGCUCAGAGCUUCAGAGGAAGAUUUACACCACCUUCAUCAUGGUGGCUCUGUUUGUUCUGCCGCUGGCGACCAUGUCGUUCCUCUACACACGCAUCAGCAUCGAGCUGUGGAUCCACAAGAGGGUGGGGGACACCUCGGUCCUCCACACCGUCAACCACACCCAGAUUAACAAGAUCUGCAGGAAGAAGAAACGUGCAGUGAAGAUGAUGGUCACUGUUGUGCUGCUGUUCACCAUCUGCUGGGCUCCAUUCCACACCGUCCACAUGAUGUUCGAGUACAAUAAUCUGGAGCAAAAAUAUGAUGAGGUGACCUUGAACAUGAUCCUGGCCGUGGUUCAGGCCAUUGGUUUCUCCAACUCCUUCAACAAUCCCAUCGUUUACGCCUUCAUGAACGAGAGCUUUAAGAAGACCUGUGUCUCAGCUGUGUCCUCGUACUUGCACAGGACCAGAGUGCACAACGUCAGAGUUCACUUCUCCAAACCUCGUCACGCGGCCAGCGCCAACACCAACAGCUCGGAACUCCAUGACCAGACCACUUGAGUAUUAUAUGCAGUGAGGGUGUGCUGAUCAUUUGGGAUGUGAUAUACGGCCAUGUUUACCAUCACAGUUUUUAUUGAGUUCCGUUCAGGAGGAGGCUGCCUACAUAGCGCACAUCUCUGAACUCCUGAGAGAAAUGCACCUAUUCCCUGGAAGGUGAUAUUAGGACAGCUGUGGGGUUUUUUUGUUUUUUGUUUUUGUAAGAAAUCUUUAUUUUUGGUCAAAUGUAAGCACCGUCUCAUAUUUUCUUUUCUCUGAGAAGUCAAGCACAGAAUUUUGUUCUCUGGAUAAAAAGUAUUCCUACUUACAAUAUUGUGAUGUUGAUUAUGACGGUAAAUUAUAAAAAUGUAAUAUCAGUUUUAGCGUCGUUUCUGUCUGUGA